AUGCAUGUGGAGGCGCUCCAGUAUCGCCGAAAUAGCAAGACCGACUCCGCACUGAAGCUUGACGGCGAACCUCGCCCUGAUUCAACCGGUUUUCUUCAUAUCAGCGAGUCCGACACGCAAGGUGUCUGUACUCUGCCUACAUAUGGUUCCCAACAACACUCACCCGGCUCCGAGCCUACUGGGCCAACACUUCCCGGCGCAAAUAAUCGGGGAAUUGACAAGGGACAGGGUGAUGGGCAGGAAGACCACACUGUGCCUACCGCAAACCAGGGGGGUGACUCGACAAACGCCCGUGAAGCCGAACUUCUGAAGAUUUAUAAAAGGUUGGACAACUUCUCUGCGCUAAGAGUUCACGCCCGCCAGUCACGUAUGGAACUUAGUUACAAGCGAGAGGACGAAAUGAAACUCAGAGUGGAACUCAUGAAGCGUCUUAACGCCUUCUUUGCGAACUUUGACCAUCCCGAGGCGGGUCCCAUUAUGCAAGAGUAUGAGCUUCUUCAGACAGCCGCGGAAGAAUAUGUGAAAAUGGAAAAUAGUUACCGUGAAGAGGAAGACCAACUGGAAGAGCAAGAAUACCAUCUCAGUGUGUCCAUGGAGGAUUUUUCCGUCUCGUUCAAUAAAGGGGAGGCACCGGAUUUUCAAACUUAUACGCGAAUCUCAAGCCCGAGCACAGGAAAAGAAGAGGGUUCCAUGGACGAGACUCCAAGUUGUAUACUCACUUACCUAGCCGGCAUAGCGCAGGAACGGAUGCUUCAAGAACAGCUUGCAGACCUUGAAUCAGAAUGGUAUAUGGCCAACGAAAAGCAGGCACAAAGGCAGCGAUUAGACUUGGCGCUAGAUCAAGAAUCUGCAGAUUUCCUACGUACAUUUGCGGAAGAGCACAACAAGACAUGGAAGGACCUAAACAAUACACAGAUGGACGUGAACGCUUUCCGCAUGAUUUGCCUAGAGCAAGGCCAUAGGGACUUCGUUUAUCAAAAUCUCUCUUCCCUCCACUUUUACCAUCCGUACGUCGAUGAAAAUACAUGGGAGCCGGAGCCAAACCCUUUAAGACUUCCACCUCAAGAACAGGCAGUAUUUCCAGAACAUACCGGUGCAUCACCCCUGGGCAAUAAUUAUUAUUGGGACCUAGAAAAUGACAUCCCUGAGAUAACACCAGGAAGCCCACACAAAUUCAACCAAGCUCUCCAACAAAAGUCGUCCAUUAGUUCUAACGAGUACAUGAACAAGUGGAUGCUCCACCAGCUUCGAAUCUCAUCAGUUGGCAUAUGGCGCCUUACCCACUCGCCUCUCUGGAACCCCCUUCGUGAGCAAGGCUGGCAAGACCAAGAUAUCGGACAAGCUGUACUCGAUAGCUGGUUCUCCGAUGAAGCGGCGCUGGCGCCCUCAUCAUAUAGCCCGCAUCUGCAUAACAACGACGAGGGAGAAGAUACCGUGGUCGGUCAUGCAACGGGCUACAAAACGGGCGUCGUGGUGAGAGCCCAGUCUUUACCCUCACCACCAUCUUCACCACGAGCGUCGGCCCCGAAAGUCGGUAGCAUGCGGCCGCGCUCCAGGCCUUGA